GUAGAAACUAAGCAUAUUGCCUCUUUCUCAAAUACAGAACUGUCAAGAUGCUCCGAUUAGCAGUCUUCAUAACUUUGAUCAGCAUAAGUGCGGCAGCUCCACAUCUCCUUCUCGUUGAGAAUCCAGCUCCUUUGGCGCACCCAGCUGUCCUUGCAAAUGAUGCCCAGGAGGCAGCGCUUCCCGAUCAUUUCAAGAACGACUUCUAUAAAAAUCCUCAUAUCGUAGCAAGACUUGCGGAACCUUCGUGGUUUGGUUACAAAGAAGCCUUGGUAACACAUCGCGAGAGUGAUCAGAUACCAAGGCAAAAAGUCUAUGAAAUUUUACACAAUGCUGGACUGGCGCGCAGAUAAUUUCCGG